GGAAGAACGUCGCAGAUGCACGGUUGUUGUCGUUAGUUACCCAACAAACAAGAAAGGAACAAUCUAUCUUCCAAGCUGCUCGCUUCCUCAUUUACUAGGAGUAGUCUCUUGGACUCUUUCUCUUGUAUACAUUCAUCACCGACGCCGUUCUCCUUUGAAAAACAACAGUAGCUUCAAUUAGCAGCAGCAGCGAUGGUAUCUUCAAGAUUUUCUCUUCUCUUUCCAUUCUUUGUUUUCUUCAUUAUUCUCUGCUUGACCAGUCAACCUGUCAUUUGUGACGGUGAUCAGGAGGAUGCUCUUCUUCAAGGGAUUAACAACUAUAGGACAUCCUUCAAUUUGACUACCCUCACAAAAAAUGAUAACGCGGAGUGCCUUGCUGAGGAGAUAGCUGAGCAAUUCAAGAAUCAACCUUGUACAAAUACCACGGGUUCCAACACAGUACCAGGCACUGAGCCGCAGUUCCCAAAUUACCCGAGCCUUCUAGCCAAAUGCCAUUUGAAUAUCUCCAACACAAGGGAUGGAGCUGUAAUGCCUGCUUGUGUUCCCCACCUGGAUCCAAGUCUUGUGCUCACUAACUUCACACGGACUCCAUACUCCGGUAACCUUAAUGAUACUAAGUUUACAGGAGCUGGGAUUGGUUCUGAUGGUAACUGGAUCGUUGUUGUUCUGACCACAAGCACACCUGAGGGAAGUUAUGUGACUUCCAAGACAGACGGUUCGGAUUACAAUGCAGCCAAUUUGACCGCCAAGAAUACUGGUCUCAUCCAUCACUUACUGUUUUUGCUGAUAGGUUCUCUCUUCUUGCUGUGAAGAACCAAGUGCAUGGCCCCUAACACUAGCUCGCAUGAACGCAACUCGGUUGUAUAAGGAUCCAAGUCUUGUAUAUUCCCUUUUGACAUUUCAGAGGGACUGAUUAUUUGCAUCGCUGUUUUUUCUUGUUCAUAUCGAGACAAUAGCUGAAGAAAAGUUGUUAAGAACCAUAUUUGAUGAACUCUUA